GUGAGCCGGACAAGGCCAUCAUCGAUGACAUGUGGCUGGGGGUGACGGUGGCCAGCCAGCGGCAGCCGGCGGGGAGGGUGCUGGCCUGCGCUCACCGUUACACCAAGGUGCUGUGGUCGGGCAGCGAGGACCAGCGGCGCAUGGUGGGCAAGUGCUACGUGCGGGGCAACGAUCUACGCCUCAACAUCAGCGACGAGUGGCAGACCUACCACAACGAGAUGUGCAACUCCAACACGGACACCGACGAGACCGGCAUGUGCCAGAUGGGCACCAGCGCCGGCUUCACCGCCAACAUCAUCUAUUUCGGGGCACCCGGCGCCUAUAACUGGCAAGGUACCGACUACAUGCUGCAGCGGGAGAUGUGGGACCUGCACGACUUCUCCUACCCCAACAAGAGGAACGGCAAUACCUAUAUAGAUAUCGCUGUGGGGGCUCCUUUUGAGGGGACCGGCAAGGUCUACAUCUACCACAGCAGCGCAGAAGGGCUGCUGGACAAACCCCGGCAGGUGAUCAGCGGGUCGGAUCUGGGCCCUGUCAGCAUGCAGACCUUCGGGUACUCGCUGAGUGGGGGGCUGGACGUGGACGGGAACUCCUACCCCGACCUCCUGGUGGGCAGCUUGGCGGAGAAGGUCAUCCUGCUCUGAGCUCGGCCCGUGAUCAACAUCUUGAACAAGAUCUUCACGGUGACCCCCAGCAAGGUGGACCCCGCCCGGUGCACGCCCGACUCCUGUAUCACAGUGACCGUCUGCUUCUCCUACAACCAGAGCGCUGGAGACCCCAAGUACAAGGAGAAGAUCACCCUGGAGUACACCCUGGAGGCUGACAAGGACCGGCACCCCCCCAGGGUCAGGUUUUUGGGGACCCACUCUGCCACCUACCACGGCAUCUUCCCCAUGCCCAAGACCCGCUGUGAAUCCAAGGAGCUCCUGCUGCUGGACAACAUCCGGGACAAGCUGCACCCCAUCGUGCUCUCCAUGAACUACUCGCUGGUGGAGAAGCCCAGGACCUUCCAGCUGGGUCCCCACUCCCUCGAUGCCUUCCCCGUCCUCAACCAGGACCAGUCCCACGAGAAUGAGACCAAGAUCGAGUUCCAGAAGGAGUGCGGCUCCGACAACAAGUGCUACAGCAACCUCCAGCUCCAGAGCAGCUUCGUCACCGACCAGAACCAGCCCCUGCCCAGGUUGAACGGUACCCAGGUGCUGCAGUACAGCCGGGACGUGCGGAAGCUCUACCUGAGCAUCAACAUCACCAACGUGCCCACCACCCCCUCCAACGGCGAGGACGCCCACGAGGCGCUGCUCAACGUCACGGUGCCGGCCAGCCUGCUGCCCUCCUCCGUCCGCCCGAGCGGAGCCUGUACCUUUGCGGAGACGGUGCUGUGCGAGCUGGGCAACCCUUUUAAGAGGAACCAGAGGGCGGAGCUGAUCAUCACCUUCGAGGCCAUUGGAAUCAUGCUGGACACACGGGAGAUCUUGGUGUGGCUGGACCUGUCCACGCAAAGCACCCAGGAGGACCUGCAGCCCGUGCUGGCCAAGCUGCUGGUGGACUACAGCAUCCAGUCCUCGCUGACCAUUGCUGAAAUAGGGCACCGAGAGUACAGCGAUUUUGACCGGGUGAAGGUGGACGGCACAGCGACGCUCUUCCUCCGGACCCACGUCCCCACCAUCAACAUGAGGAACCACACGGUGCGGUUCUCCGUGGACGUGGACUCGGAGCUGACGGAAGAGCAGCCGGCCGAGAUCGCGCUGUGGCUGGUGCUGGUGGCGGUGGCGGCCGGGCUGCUGCUGCUGGGGCUGAUCAUCCUCUUGCUCUGGAAGCCGGCCUUCCCGCUUGGCUGCGGGACUGCUCGGGAGCGGCGGGUGGAAGGUGCCCGGCUGCUGAGCGAUGAGGAAGAGGAGCAGAGAAUGCGAUGA